AUGAACAAUGCCGAAAGUUCAAGCGCAGCCAAUGAUGAACUUUUGACGGUUACAGAAGAGAAGUGUAAUGGGGACGUCGUGGCAAGAGACAAAACAAGUUGUGAUGUUUUGGGCUUGGGAACAAUGAAGAUCAAGAUGCAAGAUGGUGUUGUUGGGAGCCUUACUGAGGUGAGGAAUGUGUUGGCACUAAGAAUGAAUCAUAUUUCCCUUGGUGCUUUAGAUAGAGAAAGAGUAUUCGUACAAGGCCAAAGAAUAGAAGCUCCUAGUCACACAAGGUGGAACAGAAAAUUCUACCAAGAUCGCACUUGUACCAAAGAAAAAUGGGCAAGGGAUCUUACUAUCAAAGAGCCGAUGCAAUGGAAUUAA